AUGGAAUCAGCUUUGUUUGAAUGGUUUAAACAAAAACGUGCUGAAGGGAUUCCUAUCUCUGGACCGAUGGUUUGUGAAAAAGCUAAGUGGUUUCACGAAAGGUUGAAUAUUGAUGAACCAUUUGGAGCCUCACAGGGUUGGUUAUUUAGAUUUAAAAACCGGCAUGGUAUUAGACAAUUAGACAUUCAAGGCGAAAGUCUAAGUGGCGAUUUAACAGCUGCUACAGUUUUCAAUGAGGAAUUUGGUUCAUUGAUCUCAAAAUUAAACUUGUCCCCCGAUCAAAUAUACAACGCAGAUGAAUCAGGGCUCUUUUGGAAAAUGUUACCGUCGAAAACAUUAGCUGCGCAGUGUGAAAAGUCAGCUCCUGGACAUAAAUCUAGUAAGGAAAGGCUCACUGUCAUGACAUGUUCAAAUCCAUCGGGUACACACAAGCUAAAACUAACAGUGAUCGGGAAAGCUAAAAAACCACGAUCGUUCAAAGGAACAGACGUGAAAAGACUUCCGUGUAACUAUUACAGCCAUCCAAAAGCUUGGAUGAAUCAGGCUAUUUUCAAAGAAUGGUUUUUUCAAGAUUUCGUGCCAUCUGUGAAGAAAUUUCAGGAAGAAAAUGUUCUCCUGUUCUCCUACUUGACAACGCUCCUAGUCACCCAUCAGAAUCUACCCUGA